AUGCCGAAAAAAGAGGGCGUCAGAGACUUAUCAUUAAAAUUCCUGGCGAAAUAUGCCUCGGACAAUUUGAUCGACAGAAUGUCCGAUGACAUGUCACGGCAAUCCUCGCCUGAAAUUUGUAGAAUGGCAAAAUACUUUUUCGAUACUGACACUUUUUAUGAUGAUUCCCAGCCUAUACCCUUUCGUGAUCUGCGGAAGAAAUCAUCUGAAUUUGCAGAGCCUCAAAACUUAAGUUGGGAGAACCCACCAGAUCGACUAUUAAUCCUUGAUAUCUUGCGCAAACUUUUUGCGCAACAAGGUUUCAACCAUAUCCGAUCAUCGAGAGCAUUAGAAAGAUAUGAAAGCAAUAUCGACCCCACGAAACCGAUAUUCACGAUCAGCGGCUGCAGACGCGGACCAAGAAGCUCACUUUAUGCUAGGCACUCCAGCUCUGAUACAACGCGCCGCGAUCGGUUGAGCUCAGUCUCCGCCUCGGAAAUGAGUGAUGAAGAUUGUGCACAUAGGAACGGGGACGACGAUGAUGAAUAUAGACCUAGUUGCGAGCUGACAGAUUUCAGCAACCAGAGCAGAACGUAUUCAACCCCGCAAAAUGCACUUCACUUAAUCACAAAUAAUCUGCCAGCAAACGGAGGCAGUUUCAGGAGCCAGUCAAAUGUCAACAACGCCCAGGGGCUUGCAUCCGCCAACAAUGUCUCUGGACAUGAUCACCAAGCUCCAUUAACCCAAACUGCAUCUCAAGAGGGAGACGAAAAUAGCACAGUCACAGUUAGCCCUCACAGUUAUGCCCCAGAUCGUAUAGUCAUACUAAAAUACGGCAAGAGAGAAAAUGAACACGCAGCCAAAUCAACCGCACAAUAUUCCACAAGUCCGUCCCAGCGCAGUGCCCAAUCAAGACGAGAAACGCCGCCCAACCCACAAAAAGCAUCUCGACAAGCAAAGAGAACAGGAAGUUCAACCAUUCCCGGUCUCGAGCCGAAAAGACUCCGUCUCCCUGAGCGUGAAGUAAUUGAUGUCGACGCAAUCAGAACCGAUCGAGAGAGAGUUUCACGGAAGACCACAGAGGACAUGAAAAACGCGUCAGCCCCCUUAAAUGGCCCAAGAGAUCCUCAACCACGUUUCGCCGCAACUUAUUCAUCACAAUUCAAAGUGCCGAUUGCGCCGAUGGGAUCUGCCGCUCAGGAGGAAGACAUGUCGCAAGAAAAGGAAGAUCAAACACAAUUAGAGACAGCUACUACUCCCCCCUUGUCGUUGGAGCAUAGUACCCGAAAAGAAUCGCCUUAUCAAGGCGGCCAAUCGCCGAGUCAUAGUGCAGAACACAGGGAAAUGCACAGCAAGGCUCAAACAGAAGAGCAAGGCCCGGCUAAGCAAAUAUAUAGAGCACCGAGCCCAACUCAAAUGUCUGACACCUCUGCCGGGUUGAAAGACCGCCUCAAAUCUCCCCCUUCGACUCCUCGCAAUGCUGAGAACCGCGAGAUACUCACUGGGGUCAAAAUUAGCGAUUCGAUGAUCCAAAAAAUUGACACAGAUGUGCAAAUUAGAACUUUCACGUAUGCUUCUCACAGCCGCCUCCACUUUUACGAUCGAUGGCCAACAAAAGCCUCAGACGUGUUAUUACACAUUUCUUUCGAAUGGCUACGCGAGCACCUAACUGGAGAAAUCAGCAGGAUCAAUAUCCUUCUUCAAGUUAUCCCUAUACAACACCUUGUGGAUCAUCCAACGAAAGAGACGGAUGGAGUAUUCACAGAAACCCAUCGAUAUGCCGUAUCCAAAGACGACGAGUCUGAUUUGAAAUGGCUCAGGCUUGAAGUUGUGGGCUGCAUUAAAAUGAACACCAAUUGCACCUUUAAAUUGCUCAUAUCACCAUUUCGCUAG